UCCACAAAAGCCCCUCAGGAAUCGGUUAGAGAAGGCGUUUGGAAGCUGGUAUAUCAACGUUGCAUACCCAUGAAUCCUGCUUUUCAUUUUCCUCCAGAUAACUAUUCGCCUUGUACGGGCCUGUCUUUUUGUAUUACCCUUUUUUUUCCUUCUCGAAACGCGUAAAUCGGAUUGUGAAGUUGAUUGAAUCGAUUACGUCGUAUACAAUCAUCAUGCCUGGAGCCGACAAGAAGCCCAAGACUUUAUAUGACAAGGUCUUUCAAGACCACAUCGUCAACGAGCAAGACGAUGGCACUAUUCUGUUAUAUAUUGACCGACAUUUGGUCCAUGAAGUCACAUCACCGCAAGCAUUUGAAGGAUUGCAAAAUGCCGGCCGAAAAGUUCGCCGACCAGAUUGCACUCUAGCUACUGUUGAUCACAAUAUCCCUACAGCACCACGAAAAAAUUUCAAGAAUGUCGAAACCUUUGUCGAAGAGGCGGACUCUCGCGUCCAGUGUAUGACGCUUGAGGAUAACGUCAAGAAGUUCGGUUUGACAUACUUUGGUCUGGACGAUGACCGCCAGGGUAUCGUGCACGUUAUCGGACCUGAGCAAGGUUUUACCCUGCCAGGCACAACUGUUGUCUGUGGUGACAGCCAUACCUCUACACAUGGUGCAUUCGGUGCCCUCGCUUUCGGUAUCGGAACUAGUGAAGUCGAGCAUGUGCUUGCUACUCAGACUCUCUUGACAAAACGGAGUAAAAACAUGCGCGUGCAGGUUGAUGGAGAAUUACACCCAGGUGUCACUAGCAAAGACGUUGUUCUUCAUAUCAUUGGCGUCAUUGGUACUGCCGGUGGUACUGGAUGUGUCAUUGAAUUCUGCGGUUCAGUUAUCCGUAGCUUAAGUAUGGAGGCUCGUAUGUCAAUGUGCAACAUGUCAAUCGAAGGUGGUGCUCGUGCCGGCAUGGUGGCCCCUGAUGAGAUCACUUUCGAGUACCUAAAGGGCCGUCCUUUGGCACCCAAGUAUGACAGUGCUGAGUGGAAGAAGGCUGUGAGCUAUUGGACUAGCCUGCGCUCGGAUGAGGGUGCCAAGUACGAUAUCGAAGUCGUCCUUGAUGGCAAAGACAUUCUUCCUACGGUCUCUUGGGGCACUUCUCCUCAAGAUGUCCUCCCCAUCACUGGUGUUGUUCCAUCUCCAGACGACUUUGAAGAUGAGAACCGCAAGCUCAGCUGCAAACGCGCUCUUGAAUACAUGGGUCUCACCCCCGGUACCCCUCUCAAGGAUAUUGAACUGGACAAGGUUUUCAUUGGCUCUUGCACGAAUUCACGGAUGGAAGAUUUGCGUGCCGCUGCCAGAAUUGUGGAAGGACGCAAAGUCGCAUCAAAUAUCAAGCGCGCUAUGAUCGUCCCUGGCUCAGGCCUCAUCAAAAAGCAAGCAGAAGCUGAAGGUCUUGAUAAGAUUUUCACCAACGCUGGUUUCGAAUGGCGCGAAGCUGGUUGCUCCAUGUGCUUGGGUAUGAACCCUGAUAUUCUUUCCCCACGCGAGAGAUGCGCCAGCACUUCGAAUCGUAACUUUGAAGGUCGUCAGGGAGCCCUUGGUCGAACUCACUUGGUGUCACCGGCCAUGGCCGCUGCCGCCGCUAUCGUUGGAAAGCUUACUGACGUUCGCGACAUUGCUCAACCUUCUUCUUCCACAAGAAAGGCUGCACCUAUUUCUAUUCAACCAGAGAUAGAAGAAGUCGACACCGAGAGCGAUCUUGAACGCAUCCUCGACAUUCCCGAGGACAACGAACCCCACGCCAACAAUAAAACCAGCGGUUCUGCCGCAGGUCUGCCAAAAUUCACCACGCUCAAGGGCAUUGCUGCACCCAUGGAUCGUGCUAACGUCGAUACUGAUGCUAUUAUUCCCAAGCAGUUCUUGAAGACAAUUAAGCGCACUGGCCUUGGAAGUGCUCUUUUCUAUCAAUUCCGUUACAACCCAGACAACGGCAGCGAGAUCCCAGAUUUUGUUCUCAACAAAGAGCCUUAUCGCAGUUCCAAAAUCCUCGUCGUAACUGGCCCCAACUUUGGCUGUGGUAGCUCUCGUGAGCACGCACCCUGGGCAUUGCUCGACUUUGGCAUUAAAUGUGUUAUCGCACCCUCAUUCGCCGACAUUUUCUUCAACAAUACUUUCAAAAACGGCAUGUUGCCUAUUCCUCUUGACGAUGAAGUCGGUCUCCAAAAGAUCGCUGCUGAGGCCAAGGCUGGCAAGGAGGUCGAGGUUGAUCUCGUCAACCAAGUCAUUCGUGACUCUGCCGGCAAUGUACUCGCUCCCUUCGAAGUCGACUCCUUCCGCAAACAUUGCCUGGUCAACGGUCUCGAUGAUAUCGGCCUUACCCUCCAAAUGGAGGACAAGAUCCGUACCUUCGAAACAAAGCGAACCAUUGAGACUCCCUGGCUGGAUGGCAGCGGCUACUUGAAGCACCACAGACGUGGUGCUACCAAGGUCGAAGCCGCACCAGUUCCCAAAACAAAUCGUGGGGACGUUAAAACCGAGCCACUUGAGUGGUAAAUCCCACAAAAGUGUGGUUAAUAUAUAAUUCAGUUUUGAUUUGUUCUGCACUUAUAUCAAUCAUGCAAUUCACACCGUCAUUUAUGUUCGCAUUUUCGGGUACUUAUUAUGUCUUGGAUGAUGACAAAUCCUUAUUUUAUAUUGCUAUUAUACGUCGUGCAUUAUCUUCUUGCUCAAGUAUGAGCAAGGGAUGGGUGGAAUGAAGUCAGUCAAAUGGAGAGAUAAGCAAUUAUAUAGGUUAUGAUAAUGAUAACAUAGUCAACUGAUUUUGCUUAAUUGACUUUCCUAUUUGUAAAUUAUAGGCUCAGGCCAAUAUCACGAUAUUAGAAAGCAAUGAUACAAGCAGAGCUACAACUAUCUCCGCUACUGGG